AGAUAUUGCAAUCCUGUAGGGACAUCUGCCACCCAUGGAUCAACCAAGAAAAUUAUGAGGAAUUGUGCUGGAAUGAUACUAAUACAAUGCAACAUUGUAAAGAAUAUGUGGAUUGUAUUAAACAGACACCAACUCCAUCUACGACAACAAUAACAACAACACAAACAACAACUCCAUUUAUGACAACAACUCCAACAACAACACAAACAUUAACUUCAUCUACGGCAACGUCAACCUCAGCUACAUCUACGACAAUAGCAUUGAUGUCAACACCUAUAUCAUCAUCUGCAGCAACAUCUGAAGUGGGCAUUGAUUUAACUUUGAUCACUCUUAUUCUAACAAUACUAUGCACCUCAAUCAUUGUUCUGACACUCAUAGUGGUCCUUCGUAGACACUGUAUGAAAAGAAAAAAGGUGUGCACAGACCCUGAACGACCAGUGGAUACUUGUAGAUAUUCUCCUUUGCAGUCGUCAGAAGCUAUUUUAAUCCAUUUUGGAGAUAAUUUACAAGACGAGCUGACAGAGAUUGAACUCCUUGACAUUGGCAAGAAAAUGGGAUACAAAAUCGAUGAGAUUGCCAUUCGACUUAAUAUCAGUCUACAUGAGGUGGAAACAAUAAAGCAGAGUAGCCCACAAAAUGCCAAUGACUGGGGAGUCAAAAUUCUGAAAGAGUGGUGGAACAGACAAGGUAGAGAUGUGAACAAAAGAAAAGUACUGGCUGCUGCCCUAAGAAAGUCUGGGAAAAUUAAACUGGCUGAAGAAGUCCAAGCAAAACCGAAAGACAAUAUAGGUAUCAUAACUCAUUCCAUGCUUUCAACUAAUAAAGCAGAUGACUGCAAAGAUCACCAAGAACAAGCUCUCAGAAAGAACACAAAAGUCACACAAGCUGCUUCAGAGAUGCCAAAACAACACCAAAUCUUCAUCUGUAAUAAUGGACACAUCAAGCAUUGACACUUGCCUGUCGUAAAGAUAUUUUUGAAGUUGACUCAGAUAGCUCAAUGAUAUAUGAUCUAAUGCUAUGCAUGUCCUUUGACAAAAUCAGACAAAAACACUUGGCAUCCAAAGUCAAUCUUCACGGACAUAACAGAACUAAAUUGCAAUGAUUUGAGAACUUGUCAUAAUACAUGUAUGAUAUUUUUGCAGAGUGUAAAUAUUGUAUAUAAUAUAAACUUGCAUGUUGGAUAUUAUGAGGUUAUAUAAUGGUUGAUUCCGUAUAUCGUGU